UAACACUAUAAAAAUUAAAAACUUGCAUCUUAAUUGUGACUCUGUUCUCUUCUCUUCCGUCCACCUCAUCAUAAAUGCCUCAUAUUUUGUGUUGUGGUUGUGUUUCCAACGGGAUCAGAGAUUCAGGGGUGAUUAAAUGUCAAACUAUUUGUGAGACACUUUGGCUAAAAUGUCUGUAUAGCUCAUGUCUGUAUAUAAUGUUUUGUAUAUUUAAUGUAAAUUGGACUUAACAUUUUUAUAUUUUUUACUACCUCAUUUUUAUUCAUAUUUUAUUUUAAGAAUAUUUUAUUUUAUUUUUAUUCUUAUGUCUGGUUCAUAUGUUCUUCCUUAUCUUGGGACUCUUGGACAAAACAAUUAAAAUGAUCGUUAAUCUUGAACAAAAUUGUCAGAUAAAGAAAAUAAAUUGCAUUUAAAUGAGACAAUGAAGUGAAACUUAAAGGUAUGAAAGUUAUUUUUCAACUCUCAUUGUUUGGUGACAAACACCUAAAAAUGCACUCGACAAUAGUUUAGUUACUUUCUACUGUUAAUGAUAUAGAUUACCUGGAACAACGGAAGUAUCAAAAGUAUCGACAUUUUGAUUUGAGGAUCGACUUUAGAGCGUGAAGAUCUGGUAUCGGGCUUAUCGGCGUGUCAGUAUCUAUCCGCACAUCACUAAUGUUGUGUAGCUCAGCUUCAGCUUCCUCUUCCUCCUCCUCCUCCUCCUCUUCCUCCUCGUCUCUCCGGAUCAUGGAGCACUUGAAGUCCCACGUCGCGCCUCUCGCUUUCGGUGCACCCCUUCCACCUUCCGCAGUGCGCCUCAGGUAGCCGGGCCGGACAAGGCAGGACCAGGCUGGACCAGGCGAGGCCGGGCCAGGCCGGGCCGGGCCGGGCCGGGGGCAUGCCGUCCGACGUGGAGUACAGUCCGGUGGGAGAGGGGCUGGGGAUGCGGGACUUCUGGCUCUACGUGUGGAUGAGGCGAGUGGCGGCGAUAGCGGCUCACGCCACCGGAGCGGGACUGACCCUGGUCAUCUGUCUCCUGUCCAGACCCGGAACCAGUCUCUUUUCUUGGCAUCCAGUCUGCAUGUCUCUUGCUUAUUGCCUGUGCCUGACUGAAGGCAUCCUCCUCUUCUCGGCCGAGGGAUCUCCCUUCUGCUUCAAGUCUCGGAAGUGUAAAGUCCGUCUGCACUGGUUCUUCCAGGCCCUGGUGCUGAUAGCUGCUGCCACGGGCCUGGGCUUCAUGGUGGCCAGUAAAAACGUGUCCGAGCUCCCCCACCUGGUCUCCUGGCACAGCCUGCUGGGCACCUGCACCUUGGCCGCCACCGCGCUCCAAGCGGCCUGCGGCAUCGCGGUCGUCUUCCCCAAACUGCUGCGCGUCUCCUCCUCCCCAUCCAGGCUGAAGCUGUACCACGCCACCUGCGGCCUGGUGGUGUACCUGCUGGCCACGGUGACCGUGAUGUCGGCCAUGUUCUCGGACUGGUUCCAGGCCACCGUGAAGGGAGUGGCGUGGUGGGCGCUCCUCCUGCUGCCCCUCUUCCCUGCCCUGGUGGUGAUGAACCAGAUCACCAACGCCUACCUGCCCCGCAAGAAGAUGACCAGUUAGGACGAACUCGGGUUGGCUUCGUCCACUUUGGUGGCCACAAACCGAACUCGGGGAAGAGUCGGAUCCUCCGCUAGUGAUAAAAUAAGUAAAGCGAACAGCUGAUUGUCCCACACAUAGUGGUUUGUCUUGAACCAUGGCUUUCUGAAAGGAAUUCAUGAAGGUCUUCACAUACGCCGUGAAAGCUAAAGUCUGAUUGUAAGUAGCGGCUUUCUGAAGGGUUACGUACUGCAUAGACUGUAUCUAAAUAUUUACAACGCAUCCCCACUUCCUGGCAUUGGUCAAACUGAUGCCAUUAUCUUCAGAGCCAGAGUCUGAUCCGGUCCGAGAGUGGAGCCACGAUGUCUAUGACUCACUCACGUUUUUGUUUAAUUAAAGCUACGUUCUGCUCUACCUCCACAUUAUAAGGAAAUGUUGAUUAUACACUGUAUUUGCUUUCACAGUCCUAUGGGACCGCUUUACCGAGUGGUUGGCAUGGCAACUGUUGGUCUCCACUAUGCUGUUUCUAUAGCGUCAAAUAACUAAAGCGAAACGGAAUCAAAACAAAUUAUGCAUUAUAUACAUACAUACAUAAAAUGAAGUCGUUCGGCCCAAGUCCCGCCCACUAACAUGAAGGGGGUGGAGCUUAUGACCUAUACUGCAGGCAGUCACCACCAGGGGGAGCUCUACUUUAGCUUUAGCUGUUCCAUCUUAAUACAUAUACAUGAUAUGGUGAUUAUGUACCAGCCUGUAAAUACUAUUUAUUUAUUCUUUUGUGGUAUGUUUAUGAUGUUUCAUGAAGUAUGGGUAAGAACGUGGAAGUUCCAUCGACCUUUCUGAGAUUUAUUUUUUUGUUUGUUUAGUUGUUGUUCACACAAAAUUGCUGUGAGACACUUGCUGCGUUUCCAUUACACUUUUUUGCAAAAUUUAAGCGUUAUUUCUGAAAUUUCAAUAAAUUACGUUUUGCGCACGUUUCCAUUGAAGCAUGUUUGCCGAAUGAGCUGUAAGUCUCGUAAAUAUCCCAUAAUUCUCUUUAAAUUCUCGAGACUUAACUUUGAGGAAAUGGACUUCAAAAAAAAAAAAAAGUGUUUCCAUUGCAUUUUUGCGAUACACUUCUCAAUCGAUGCGUCUUAAAAACCAAAUCUAGAGAGCGUAAAAAUGUUUUAGCUUUAGAUAUUUGGGAGUUUUUCGAAAUGUAGGCACUUCCAACACCAUUUUUUUUAUUGCGAUAUUUGGGUUUUGCGCAUUUCUAGGAGUAAUGGAAACGCAGCAACUGACCAUCUCGCCUUUCACGCGUUAGCAGAAGCAAAAAGACAAACACAACAAGCUCCUCGCCCAAAUAGAGGCUUAUUUUUGUGGAUGUUACGCUGCCGCUCUCAGGUAUGUUAAUAUUCCAACAGCACAAACCAGUUUCCAGCUCCAGCUUGACAAUAAGUGUUACAUCAGUACAAAAUGUCCUUUACCAGGUUUGUUUUUCGUUGUUGUUGUUGUUGUUGUUAUAGGCAGAGAUAAUUAAUCUGGACUCUCUUUUGUGUUGUUUUGUCAGUAGCAGAGGUUUCCCACCAGCCCUGUCAUUAGUUAAAAACACUCAAUUUCACUACAUCCACAUCAGAUUUACUCGUUACCAGUAAAGUUUUAAUAACUCUAAACUGAGCCCUAACACUUCUUCUGAUGUCAUCUUUCUGGACAAAACAGUUAACAAGCUUUUAUCUAUUUUACUGUGGUUGCUUUGCUUGUUGUUUUCCAGGGAAACUGCUCCAGAUUUCAAACUGGACGAUGAUGAAUGUGGAUGAUUUUAAAAUGUUGUUACUUGACGUACUGGAUGUACCUGCACUGAUCCUCCAGGCUUCAUCUCCUGUUGUAUUCAAUACAUAUUAAAUCCAUUAUAAAAUCA